AUGUCGCUCACAUGCGUCGAAGUCUCGCUCCAUUCGAGCGUGAAGGGCCUAGAGCACGUCUACACCGCCGUGAACGCUUAUCUGAUACCGCUCACUCUGGACGGCGCUGUGCGUAAUGGCUGUCUGGGCGUCCUGGAACGGUUCAAGACAAAGUCCUGCACCACUGACGCUAUGGACGCGGCGCUAGAUAACUACCACUACAGCACCAUCCAAUGGCUCGUAAUUAACAACAAACUGGUCCCCAAGUCUUUAAUAGUAAACGAAGCGCUGAAGUGCGCGGCCGAACAAGGAAAAAGUGAGGCAGUAGAGCACCUGCUGGCUCACUGUAGUGAUGAGGCAGUCGAGAGGGCGUUUAAGUACGCAGCUCGCAAGGAGAAAUGGCAAGUUGUCGAGAUAUUAUACAGAAAAUGCACACAUGGCUGUGCUGCUCUGGGCGAUGCGCUGAAGAUAGCAGCCAGUAAAGGGGAGCGAGACGUGGUGGAGCUCCUCUGGAGAGGGUGCGACGAGAAAGAUGUGGCCCGCUCGUUGAAGAGCGCAGCUGUGGAAGGUAAAUGGAACGUGGGAGAAGGGCCUGGUGGAAGCACUGAAAGUGGUCGUGAUACAACAUCGAUGGGACGUAGCAAAGCUCUUGUGUCGGAAGCUGCAGAAGAAAGAGUAUGA